AUGGAAAUUGUGAACAUUGAGGACGGUCAAGCUGACCAAGUAGCGGUAAUACGAAAGAAAAGUAUUUGGGCGAAAAUAAAUAACAGAACAACAUACAGUUAUUUAGUCAACAUUGUAAUUUCAAUAAUUUUGUUGACGUCUUUGGUGUUAGUCUUGUAUUUUUUUAAAGAAUAUUUAAAAACGAUUUUAUAUUGGGUUGAUGCUCAAGACCCAAGGAUUGUGUUCUUAUUGUUUAUGGGAUUAUUUUUAAUCGUUAGUUUUCCUGUGACUAUUGGUUAUUUAGUGCUCAUAAUAACUAGUGGAUACUUAUUCGGUAUUCCAAAGGGUUUGGGUACCGUAGUGGUAAGCGCGAACUUCGGUGUUGCUGUAGCCCAUUUUACCUUGAAGAUGUUAAGAGGAUAUUUGCCCUUGGACCGGCUGUUGAAGUCAGAUACUGCAAGAGCCCUCCUCAAAGUUAUUGCAGGACCUCAGGCUUUCAAGAUAGUUUUUUUCGCCAGAUUAACGCCAAUACCAUUUGGUUUACAGAACACAAUAUUUGCUGUAAGCGACGUUCGCGGUUGUGGCUACCAUUGGGCUACAUUGCUGGGUUUGUUACCAGCGCAGGCCAUCAACGUAUACCUAGGUUCAACGCUACGGUCAAUGCAUGAUGUGCUGCACGAGUCACACGUCACUGGUUACGUGGUCUUUGCAUUUCAGAUCCUAAUUGGAAUCACAUUAAUGGUGUGGGUGGUGCAGAAGGCUCGCAAGGAGCUAACGAUAGCCAUAAUGGCGGCUGAGCUUGGGCGUGACUCCCUAUCAACAAGCAGUUCAUCCAGCUAG